CUAAUGUUGCAUUUCGAAAACCUGCUAAUCAGUCAACGUCAGUAAGGGGUGGAGCAGCUCUUAACGCAAACGACGGUGAUACCAGUACUGACCAUGAUGGCAAGCGUUGUUCAGAAACGCAAAAAGAGCCCAGUCCAUGGUGGUCAGUAAACUUAUUACGACCGUAUCCCAUUAAAGUCGUGAGGGUGACCACGAGAGGUUGCUGUGGUCAUCAGCCCCUUCAAGAUAUAGAGAUUAGAGUUGGAAACAGCAGCACCGAUCUGCAGAGGAACCCUUUAUGUGCUUGGUUUCCUGGAACCAUAGAUGAAGGGGUGACAAAAACGUUUACAUGUGCACGAAGUUUAACAGGACAAUUCGUCUUCCUGCAGUUGGUUGGAGUGGAAGGAUCACUGUCAUUGUGCGAGGUUGAAGUCUUUACAACCGACGAAUUUUCGGUUGAACGUUGUUUUCCAAAGAGUGCUCCUGAAGAUACCCAAGUGUCGUCGUUUUCGGGAAUUUGUUACGAAUUUGGAGUACAAAGGGGUGGAUCGUUUGCGGAAGCGAGGGCUUCAUGCAAGAAUAAUUCAGGCGGGGACCUUGUUCAUGGCAUGGGACUUGCUACAACAAACUUUUUACAUGCCGAAUUAGAGCGGAGGAAGCCUAAUCUUAAAACGCAACUGGUGUGGAUAGGUGCCCAAAAAGAGCCUGGCUUAACAAGCCGGACAUGGAAAUGGGUAGACGGCGAACUAAUUUCACGUCCAUCAUGGGGCAAAGAUCAACCCAACAACUACAAUGGUGAACAAAACUGCGUCGUGUUAGAUGGAGGUCGCAGCUGGCUUUGGAAUGAUGUAGGAUGCAAUCUAGAUUACUUACACUGGAUAUGUCAGCAUUCACCCUUAUUUUGUGGUAGUCCCGACAAAAAACUAAACACAACAAUAGUAGGGAACAAUUACGAAGUAGGGUCUCAAAUUCAAUACAAUUGUCCAAUCGGUCACAGACUCAUAGGAAUCGAGAACAGAACCUGCGAGAAAAAUGGUUUUUGGUCUGGAGAGGCACCAUCUUGCAGAUUUGUCGAUUGUGGAUCCCUAAACGAUCUCAAGCAUGGAUCUGUCACAUUAAUUGAUAAUAGAACAACAUUUGCUGCCAAAGCUCAUUACACUUGUCAUGAAAAUUACACCCUGAUUGGACAUGAGUAUCGAACUUGUGGUAAAGAUGGUCUUUGGAGCGAUCAAGCUCCGCAAUGUUUGUUUGAUUGGUGCCCAGAUCCACCAGAAACCAAUGGAGGUGUAGUGGUCACUUCUGGCAAAAGAACUGGUGACACCGCAACAUAUUCUUGCCAAUCAGGAUACAUCCUCUUUGGACAAUCGGUGUUAUCGUGUGGACUGGGAGGACAGUGGUCCGGAAAAGCACCAACAUGUAAGUACGUAGAUUGUGGUGCACCCCCAAAUAUUGAUAAUGGACGAUACGAACUUAUAAACGGUACCACAUCCGUGGAAAGUAUUAUACGAUACACCUGUGAUAACGAUUAUUGGUUAGAAGGGGAAAAGACCCAAAAGUGUACACGGGAAGGGAAAUGGUCUGCUGAUGCACCCUCUUGCCUUUUAAUAUCAUGUGAAGAACCAGAAGUACCAGCGGGUAGUUUUGUUGUUGGCUACGACUUCAACGUCCACUCGACCAUAGAAUACCAUUGUGAAGUUGGUCAUAUUCUUAGAGGUGAAUCCCAACGGACUUGCGACAUCGACGGCGAGUGGACAGGGUCAGUGCCAUUCUGUGAAUAUAUUGACUGUGGGAAGGUUCCCACAAUGCUAUAUGGUAGUGUAACGUACACAAAUGAUACCACGUAUCUGGGUAGUGAAAUUUCUUACAGUUGCGUCAGAAAUUAUAGACUUGUAGGAGUACCGAAGAGGUACUGUCAAGAGAGCAAGAUGUGGAGCGAUUCCGCUCCAAAAUGUGAAGAAAUAAGAUGUCCAGAACCUAUUUUGGCAGAGCACAGCAUUCUUUCUGUCACUGGAAACGACAGAAUGUAUGGAAGAACAUUAAUAAGGACUUCAGAAACCACAAGUGCUGCUUCAACCACGUAUAAAAUUGGAGCUAUUGUAAAAUACAGAUGCGAAAGAGGUUACAAAGUUGUCGGAGAACCUUUAAGUACUUGUGAAGAUACAGGAAAAUGGAGUGGUGACACCCCACAAUGUGUUUAUGUUGAUUGUGGCCCUCCAGAAAAUAUUGCAAAUGGUAAAGUGACCAUGGUUUCAAAUGCUACCUACUAUGGAGCGCUUGCACUAUACUAUUGUGAUACUAAUUAUGAACUGGAUGGAGUCUCAAGAAGACUGUGUCAAGAAAAUGGAACAUGGAGUCUAGAUCCACCAGUUUGUAAAGAAAUACAGUGCAAAGAUCCAGAUGUUUUGGAAGGAGUUAUGGUAAGCGUGAGUACCUACAGUGUUGGUGGAAUCGCCCAUUACUCUUGCCCAAGAGGUCAUACUAUGCAAGGAAACUCGACAAGAACAUGUUUGAUCAAAGGGAACUGGAGUGAAAGGGCACCAACGUGCAUACCUGUUGACUGUAAGAAUCCAGGAACGAUAGAAAAUGGAAGAGUUUUGGUAAUGAAUGGUACAACAUAUAACAGUGCCAUUGAAUACCACUGUAUUCCACAUUUCCAAAGAAUAGGACCAUAUUUAAGGAAAUGUCUGGAAAAUGGCGAAUGGUCUGGGGAAGAGCCACGGUGUGAACUGGCAGUUGAAGAUACUCAAGACAAUUCAACAAUUGGUACUAACAUUGGGAUUGGUGCAGGAAUCGUUGUCUUCCUGCUUAUCCUCUUGGGUAUUAUUUACCUUAAACUUCGCCGUGCUACUCCAGUGAAAAACACCGAAAACGUGGUGGGCUCUGAAAGAAAAGAAGACAGAAACGCAGCUGUCAUGAGCUACGCAACUCUCAGUGAUCGAAAUGGUUACAUGCAUGGUCCAAUGCCUCCGGACAUUUACGAAAACAUCCACGAUGAUAACAUGUACGAUUCCCCAUACGAAGAGACCAGCAGGGACAGCGGAACUUACGAACCUGAACCUGUGGGGAAAACAAAUGGAGCCAUGGUAACAAUCAACGGAGUGGCUGUACGAUGAACAAAAUAAAAUGAGGACAUUCUUAUUGAUAUUGUUUUCAAAUACGUCUAAGCAAAAUGGUGUAUAGAAACUGUUUUGUUUUUGUUGUUACCACAAUAUGGAAGUCGGUUGAGUGACGUAAAUGUGCAAUGGAUGAAGUGGUCUAUUAAGACUGAUAAAAAAUAACAAACGUGGGGCUUUUAGGCAGAGGUAAGUAAUAAAAGCAAAAACCAUCGCAAAUAUUAAAUGUGAUUUCUUGAGCAUACUGUUUUAAAAACUUAUGUACAAAAUAAUCGUAAACAGAGAGAGUUUAUAUAGGGUUUCUUAAUUUAAUAGUAAAAAAACAUUCAAAAUAAAAACAGGGAGACUGUGGUAAAUUAACAAAUAAAUAAAACA